GUUUCAGGCUUGGAGAGCCGACCCGCCAACAGGGAACGACGACGUAAACAAAGCCUGACAGCAUCGGUAUUGCACCACGAAAAGUCGCAAUCUUGCCCUCAAAAUCCGGCAAAAUGGCGGCCAAAGCCAAGGCUCACCCCCUGAACGGCAUGCACACCGCCGGAAUCUAUUCUGACAUGACCAUUGAUGGCCCGCCCAUUGGGACUCUCGUUGUCGUGGUCGACCGGGCCAAGAACCUACCCAACAGGAAAACCAUAGGGAAGCAGGACCCCUACUGCGCAGCACGUCUGGGAAAGGAGGCGAGGAAGACGAAUACGGAUAUUCGCGGCGGACAGACGCCGAAAUGGGACCAGGAGCUCAGAUUUAACGUCCACGAUUCUCCGGAUUACUACCAGCUGAAAGUCUCCGUUUUCAACGACGAUAAGAAGACGGACCUGAUCGGCGAGGCAUGGAUUGACCUCCGGGAGGUCGUCGUGCCUGGUGGUGGGCAGAACGACCUGUGGCACCAACUUACUUGCAAGGGCAAAUAUGCUGGCGAUAUCCGCAUAGAAAUCACAUACUACGACACCCGGCCGAAGCCAGAGAAGCCCGCGGUAAAAGCGAGGCAGCCUGGCCCUUCGGAAGUCGAUGGUUCUAGAUCCCAACAGAGGAGCGUCCCUAAGAGACGUCCUCUUCCUUCAGACCCAGUCACCGGGAAGGUCCCGGUGCAGCAAACCCCGGAUUUCGUCCAAACUCCGCAACGCCCUCAGCCCAAUCCGUCCACAUCCUAUGUCCCGAACCAGUCUCCCCUUCAGCAGGUCGAGUACAAGACACCCCCGCCCGCCUCAAGCCGGUAUCAACAACAGGAUCACCAGUCGCCCGGCUUAUCGAAUAGUGGCUAUGGAGCUCCAGUGCAGCGGGCAGAGCCGUCUAUGUCCCAAUACCAUACGCCAGAACAGCAUGACCGGUAUUCGGUCCACCCUGAUGACAUCAGCCCGAACUACCGUCAGCAAUCAUACGAGCGUCAGAACUCCAGACAUGGCUCGGAUGCUUACAUGCUCCAAAUGAGCGAAAGCCCCGCGCCUCUCGAAGACGAUCGGCCUCCUCCGCCUCCUGUCCACAGAAGCCGGAACAACAGCGGAAUGACUCAGGAACAGGGGCUUCGAAACAGUUUUGACAGCGUGGCAGCUAAGGGAACGCCGCCGACUAUGAGGCAAGAUGUCUUGCGGAAUGAGGCUCACAGGCGCUCGGUGCCCGCGACAUAUCCGGGGCGGCCUACUUAUAAGGCCUAUGACUCCGCUCCUGCAGCUCCGGCCGCUGCCCAAUUUUCCGGCGAGGAAUAUCAUCACCAUUCUUCGCCUCCCGCUCACUAUGCGUAUGACCCGACAUGCGAUUUGAGCAACAGAUCGAUGCAGCCGACUGUCGAGGAUGCUCCAGACUCCCCAGACAAUAUGCUGGUAAGCUCGUUCAGAAGAAGCGGCUCUCGGAUGCCCCAAUACGAGCCUGAAUUCGACCCGGUCGCGAGUCCCGCUCCGUUGAACGUCGGUAGCCGUGGCCGCGAUUCUGGCCGCGAUUCUACUGGUUACUACAACCCAAACGCCUACCAAUCCUCUGACUCGGCUAUGAUCUCGAGAGAUCUAGACCACCCGUCUCAAGCCACUUCCGACUCGUACAACGCACAGGGCCAAUUGCUUCUUCCCUACCGGAGCGAACUCGACGACACGUCGAAUACGUACGAUCUACCACCCGUGCCGGCUUCCUUGGUUCCCGGCAUGGACCCCAGCCUUGUGCAGGAAAUCUCCCACCGGAUCAAUGAGGACCGGCGCAUGGAGAGACACUAUACACAGCCUGCCAUGUCGACUCCGCCACGCGGCCGCCAAAUGAAUGGUCUUCCGUCGAAUUACGCGUCAAAUGGUUCGCCGGUUCCCUACACAACACCACCGCAACCUCAACAUCACAGUCGUAGCCCAGUCCCAUAUUCCGGAGGGUCGACAACGGCGGAGGCCGCCAGGUCAGGAUCUGUCUCUCCAAUGCCACAGCGAGACCUAAGCCCGAAUCCACGCCACACCAUCCGGCGGAAAUCUAUAAGCCCUGCCCCCCCUCUGAGUGAUGGUCGCCGCUUGUCUGGCGUCCCCUUCGGGCCGGACUCGUACGAUGCUCUGAACCCUAGCCUUCCCUCGGCUACUUCAGAACAGUCCGUCUCUCGUCCUGACUACAACGAAUCGAGAGGAAAGAUAAUCACUUACGAUGGCCGCGAGGUUGAUCCUUCAGACCACCUACCGAUGGAUACGUGGGCCCCAGAGCCCGAGCCCAAGAACAAGAAGCCUCCGGGACCUUCCUCAUCAAGGCCCUCUCCCGGCGGGCCGCAGGCUUUGCCACCGUCUGGCCGCAGACAAUUACGAAUCGCGGGCCGGCCACAGUCCAUGGCGCCGAGUUCGGGGUAUAUAUCACAGGAUAUUUCCUUCGCGGACUCGCCUGCGCCCUCCACUCCCGCCAGCACAGGCCGUAACAGACUUCAAAAGAAGUCCAACCGAGCGUCCGCCAUGCCUGUCAUGGCGGGCGCGAACGGGUCGCCGGGUGGCGAUCCCUUUGCUUCGCAUGGUUCCAGCCCGCUCGCUCCUCUCCCGCAUCACCAAGACAACUUCACGCCACCUCGGACGUUGGCGCGGGCCUCGACAUUCGAUUACCCAAGCGAAAACCAUGCGCCCAUGUAUGGUAGCAGCCCCGGGGAGAGGACCAGGGCAGGGACGUAUGGAGGCAACAACGGCCCUCCGAUCCCUGCGAAAGUCCCGCUUGCUCUUACUAGCCCUCCCUCCAUGAGCGGAGCGUUGCCCGCUAGCAGGAGCAUGGGCUACGAUGAAUGGGGUAGCGCGGGCGCAGGCGGUGGCGAUCUGUCACUCCUUGAGGAGAUGCGCCAGAUCGAUAUCGGGACAGGCAGGUCUCGCAGGCGUGGUCAUGGCUAUGGCCAUGGAUAUUGACGAGAUUUGGGAUGUUUGAUAGGAAACCGACGUAAUACAUCGCAUGUAAAAAUAAUGGAGGAAUGGGAAACGGCACGAAUCUCUUGGGUUUAGAUGACAGGGCGGGGAGAAUGCGGGACCGAUGUUGGCUUCUCUCUUCUGUCUUCCAUUCUGGAAACCAUUAUUGACAUGUACACACACUUAACGGACCUCUCUUAGAGCCACGGAAGUUGGUGGUGGGAAAUCAAGGCGCAGGCUGGA